AUGAUUUUUAUAUCAGUUGUGUUGGAUCCUCGAAACAAGCUUGAUUAUGUUCGUUUUGCAAUUGGUGAUAUGUCUGGAAAAACAAUUGGGGAGCCACUUGCUGAUGCAAUGGAUAAAUAUAUGAAAGCUUUGUUUGAUCAUUAUGUUAAGAAAUCAUCAAAAGUCUCUUUAUUUUCAUCAUCUUCGCCUACUUCAUCUGGGAACUCAUCGAGUAUAUCUAGUGUGAGUGGUGAUGACAUCUUUCAAAAAAGAGGAUCAAUGAGAACGAAACUAGAAUUUGUGAGGCAUAAAGUAGUUAGUGGAAGUUCAAGUAGUAAAUCCGAGUUGGGUAGAUAUCUUGCUGAAGAUGUUGAGCCAGAGACUGAUGAUUUUGAUAUAUUAAAGUGGUGGAAAUUUAAUGAGCCAAGAUUUCCUAUUCUUUCUGAGAUGGCUCGUGAUGUAUUAGCCAUUCCUAAUUCAAUUGUCGCAUCUGAAUGCGCAUUUAGCACAUGA